UUUAUACACUAGUAGUCUUUAAUUAAUACAAUCCCAUUUGCUAUAUAUUAAUAUAUCGGUGAAAUAUAUAUGGAUCUAGUAAAUGGACAUGGAAGGCUUGUGCAAGCUCUGAACGCCAGAGUGUAUGGCAAUGGUACUGAAACCCUAGUUCUCUCUCAUGGGUUUGGUUCAGACCAGACUGUAUGGCACUAUAUCCUCCCUUGCCUCGCUUUCUACUUCAAAGUAGUCGUCUUUGAUCUGGUUUUCGCAGGAAACGUCAGUCCUGCUCUCUACAAUCCCUCAAAGUAUUCAAGCUACGUCUCGUAUGCACAAGAUCUUCAGUCCCUUCUUGAUGAGCUCAAGGUGACCAAGUCUAUCUACUUGGGUCACUCCAUGUCUGCCAUGAUUGGAUGCAUAGCCGCAACCCAGAGACCAGACCUCUUCAAACAGCUAAUCUUGCUUGGUGCCUCUCCAAGGUACCUCAACGCAGAAGGAUACUAUGGGGGCUUUGAAAGAUCGGAUGUUGAGACAGUUUUCCAAGCCAUAAGACAGAAUUUCUCAGGCUGGGUUUCAAAUUUUGCUCCAAAGGCUAUUGGGGUGAAUGACAUGGCUGCUAUAAAAGAGUUCGAACGCAGUUUGAGAAGAAUGAAACCAGAUAUUGCUCUUGACGUUGCCAAAACUGUAUUCCUCAGUGACUACAGGGAGGUGCUGAAACAAGUUAGGGUGCCUUGCAUCAUCAUCCAAGCUGAAAGAGACUUUGUGGUUCCAAAAUCUGUUGCAUUUUACCUGGAAACGAUGAUUGUUGGAGGUUACACCAAGGUUGAGAUUUUGGAAACACAAGGUCAUUUCCCUCAUCUAACAGCUUUUCCUUUGCUGUUAGGUGUGUUAAAGAAAGUGCUUCAAAUUGAUAACUAGUGGUGUGAUAAGGGAAACUCAUCCAUUAUUGAUCUAUUAAUUAAUUAAUAAACCAGUACUGUAGAAAUUAAUGCAUGCAGCUUAUAUAUUUUUAUUGAGAAGGGUGAUUCAGAUUGGUGUCUACAACUCUAGAUAUAUAGAUAUCUGUAUGGUGUUCUAUAAACUUAGUAUAUAUGCCUUCUAGUUUCUUCUUCUUUGUUGGGUCUUCUAAUCAAAAUCGAAGCUAUGUAUGUUCAGUUGGCUAUAUAUUAAGAAGUAUCUUUAGCUAUA